AUGCGCAUUCUGAUUGCGCAAGGAAAAAGCCACUAGUUUUUAGUUUUGACGCAUGCGUCUCUCGUCUGUAUGUCUGAAUUUUAUGAAUGAGCUAGUCGUGAUACGUACUGUCAAUUUGACGUGGCGUUUACAUUCCACUUCAAUUGGAAAACCGAACGUUCGCUGUUAGCAAUUGGAUCUACGACUCAAUCCGGCACCUUGCUUUUAUUUUACUACUAAUGGCGGGAUUCAGCGAAAAUUUUCAGGUUUUGGAAACCGCAGAAUCCGAACGAUAUGUUGUUGCUAAACGUAAUAUCGCUAGCGGAGAGCAGAUCCUCAUGGAAGAGGCCUACGUUACUGGACCGUAUUACGAUGCAGAUAUUAGUUGUUUAAAUUGCUUCAAGGAGUCCUGCUGUACAUGCAGCAAAUGCAGCAAAGCUCCACUUUGCUAUGAUUGUAGUAGUCACAACGCAGACGAGUGUGAUUUCUACCGAGAAUCUAGCCUAGACAAGAAUUUUUUAUACAAUCACUUCAACGUCAUCACCCCGGUUCGGUGCCUGCUGCUGUAUGGAACAAAUCGAGAACGCUACGACGAAGUUAUGCGUAUGGAAUCCCAUUUAGAGGAGCGUCGUGGAACCGAAAUUUGGGACAUUCACGAAAAAUAUGUCGUUAAACCACUACUAGACAGUGGAGCUUUCGACAACUUCCAUAACUUGGAAGUAACUGGAGAACUAAUCCAACGGAUUUGUGGGAUUUUAGACGUGAAUACGUUCGAAAUACGUGGGAACGAAGAUAGCCCAGGAAUGACUAUGAGCAACCUAGCGCGAGGAUUGUUUCCAAAAACCGCACUGAUGACACACAGCUGUGUACCCAAUACGCUUCUGUCGAUCGAUGGGUACGCAAAUGCUCGUGUCUAUACAUCCGUACCAGUCAAAAUGGGCGAAGUACUGCACAAUAGUUACACCAGAAACCUGCUCGGAACGUACGAUCGUCAGACUCAGCUGAUAGAGGGAAGACAUUUUACAUGCUCUUGCAAACGGUGUACCGAUCCGACCGAGCUGGGUACACAUUUGAGCUCCAUACGAUGCACAUCAUGCACUGAUGGACUCUGUUCGUUUCACACUGACAAUCCCAGGUGGGAGUGCAACAAUUGUCACCACCUGCUCAAACGGGAGUAUGUCAACGAAGUGAUGUGUGCAGCUCGCAGCGAAAUCCUUGCAUGCCCACCGGAAAUUCGCGACCUCGAGAAGGUAAUUAGUAAACAUUCGAAAACACUAAACCCCCAACACUCGUUGGUGCUGGAGGCAAAGCAAAAUCUAGCCGGCGAGCUGCGCAGUGUUUGCAUGUCACUGGAGCCGCCCCAUGUGCCGAAGCAAAUUCUCAAGCGGAAAAUAGAGCUGUGUGAGGAGAUUCUGGGCGUUGUGCGUGUCCUGGAACCGGGAAUUUCUCGGAUGGUUGGAAUCGCCCUGUACGAGCACCAUGUGGCACUGGUUGAACUGUCGCGGCGCAAUUUCGAUACAACGGAAUUCAAAUCGCACGAGUUGCUGGACAAUCUACUGAAAGCGGAAAACGAUUUGAAACAAGCAGUCAGCAUGCUAUUAUUCGAACACGUUUCCACGCCUGAGGGCCAACUUGCAAAAAGAGCUAUGCGGGAGUUGAAAGAUUUACGGGAAGAUAUUGCGGAGGUACGAGCGAUGAUAGAGGAUGAACAUUUGGAGAAGCAAGAUCAGGGUCAUAAUCGGAAAAGUAACACGGCGAGUAACGGAUGCAGAACGAAGAAAUUUGGAAAACGUCGAUAAAGAUACUUAAAAUAUUAUUUUUAUUCUGUCGAAAAAUUCCACCACGAAUUAUUAUUAUUAUUACUUUAGAACAAACCUUUGAAACAGUACUACAUAAUAUUUUAACCCUUUCUUUACCACAAGGUUUUUACUUAAACAAAAAUCGAAAAUUAGGUUUUUAGCGAAAGCGCUUGAACAAACCCUUCUUAUUUUAUCCCAAAUUAUAGUUUGAACGAAAAAAAAAAUCCAAAAUGGUGCUGUAGAGCACCACUGGGUCUUACGAGUCACAUUUUACAAACAAUACAAAAUCAACAACUAACUUUUUUUUGUCUAGAUAUCUCAUAAAAAGUAAAAAGAA